AGAUUUAUCCUUUCUGUGCGAACCGGUACCAAAUGAUCCAAAGCCCGGUGGUUGGGGACACCUGUUUAGUGGAGGAUAUAGGGUUGGCUGAGGAAGGUGUUAUUUAAAGGGAUGUCAACAACUAAGGGAGAUAAUUUACGAAACUUCUUCCUAUUCUCGAACCGGACCUAUUUUCUGUUGACGGAAUAUCGCGGUUAUUUUUAAAAAGAUAUGAAACCCCAACACUAUAUUGGAUACGCUUAACAAUUAAAGUAAUCAUGAGUGGACGUUUAUUAAACCGUUCUGCAAAAUCCUCACGGUUUUCAAAACGGCCGGUUGCUAAAAGAGAAUUUAAGUUUACUUCCCCUACCAAGAAAACAUCUCUGGAUAAGAGAAAAACACAAGAUGAUCCAAAAGCAGAGAACUCUGCACAGAAAUCUAAUGAGAAUGUUUUUGACUUACCACCUCCAAUUUGGGCUUCUAGCCCAAGAGAUACGCCUUACGGUAAAGAUAAAUCAAAAGCGCAGAAAAAAUACCUGGAGAUUUCUUGUAUUGAGCCUGUGUCAGUAAGAACAGCAAAGAAUUUAAAACGCAUUGAAGAAUCGCAUUUUGCACCAAUAGCUACACCAAAGCAAAACAUUACCAAAAGCAAUGCAAAAAUAAAAGUACCAUUGCUGACAAAAUGGAAACAAAAUAAAACCACCUCUGUUGCUAGCAUUCGUCGUUUACAGAAUUCUGGGAAGGAAGUUAUCAAAAAGAAAAAUAGAUCUAAGAAUAGAGUUGUAAAGUCGUAUCAAGAGACUAACAUCAGUCAUCACAGCAAUAAAUCACUCCAUAAAGAGAAUAAUUCAAAGCAAUUGUCUAAAAAAGAGAAAUCAAAUGUCUGGGAUCAGAUAAUCAGAGCUUCAAAAAGUCAGCAGGCAAAGAUUCAGUCAACAAGUUCUAGAAAUACUCGCAGUUCCCCUUCAGUUCUUUCUGAACCUUCAAGAAGAAAGAGUAAAUCUUUAAUCCAAACUGAACCUAAUACUGAUUUACCUGUUUCUGAUCAGGAUACCAAUAAAAAACAAACUUCAGUACGAGAUACUGUAAGUGAGAGAGGCAGUAUUAAAAGAAAAUUACAAAAAUUGAAAAGUUCUGAAGAUUACUUAUCUAAUCCUCCCAAAUCCAGAAAACAAUCUAUAGAAGCUGCAUGUUCUUCCCAAUCUUCUAAUAAUUACUCUGGAAGCACUAACAAAACAAAAUCCAGUAAAGCUAAUAGCAAAAGACAGAAAAGUGAUAUUACUCCAUCUCGUAAUAAUUCGGGUGCUAAACCCAAACAACAAUCUGGUUCGAGACUUGGUCAAAGAAGUCAUAGCCUACCAAAAGAUGAUUUGUCUUCACCAAAUGUUACCCGUACUAAACAAUCUCCAAGUAAAAAGAAAAGUUUAUCUAAAGGCUCUGAACACUCAACUAAUCAGAAGAAAGCUAAUGUUUCUAAAGCACAAAAUGUUUCUAAACCAAACUCUUUUCAUGAAAAUCCAAAGUCUUCUAACCAUAAUAUCAAAGGCAGUAAAUCAAGUCAGCUUAGCAAAUUUUCUGUUAGUCAUGCUUCAAGAGAGUCUGUAAGUAAAAACUCAAAGAAAAAUUUAUUACGCAGAUCAUCCCUUACAGUAUUUAAUUUGAGUAGUGACGAAGAAGUGGAGAAGAUAGUCAAGGGAAAAAACGUUUCUAAUAUCCCCAAAAAGAAGCCUACGGGAAGAUCUGCAGAAAGCUCUGCAUCUGGCAAGAAAAAAACUUAUUCUAAAAAUAAGAUUUCUUCCAGUUCCCUGCAGAAAUCUAAUCAAUCAAAAGAUCAUUCCAGUAGUAAACUGAAUGCUGAGAAAUAUGCUAAUAUUUUGUCGUAUCUCAGUACUCAAAAUAAACAGCAGAUAUCAAAUAGGACUGAUAAAACAUUUGAAUCUAUUGCUACUGGUAUCACACAUGAACUACAUGAACAAAUGGAUCAGAAAGAUGCAGAAAAACAAUUUAGUUAUGGUAUUUCUGAAUUAUCAUCUCUUCACAUUAGCCACAUUACUAGUUGCUCUGAAAAUGAGGAUGACUCGAAACUGAAUGACAGUGACCAAAAACUGAAUGAGGCUAAUAAGUGUUUGCAGUAUAUAAUGUUUCCUGGGGAUAGUGAUAACAAUAUCUCUCUUAAUAAUCCUGUACCAAUUAAACUGAAUGUACUUGGAAAUAAAAACUCCAUGAAGCGCACUGCCAAAAGUCUGUCAGAACUUGAUGUUAUAUUAGAUGUUGUGGAUCACUCCAUUGAAAUGGUGUUGAGACAGAUCACUGACGUCGAUAAGAAGUUGGUAAUUUCAAGAAUGAGAAAUUUUGUGAAAGAGAAGAUUUCCACUGAUAUAAAAAGGCAGCUUCAGUUUAUUCAGCUUCAGAACACUUUAUAUCAAAAGUCUCUUCAAAUACAAGGACGACAGAAGAAAUAUUUUGAACUUAAAGUAGCUAACAACAGACUCAACAGUGAUCUGAAUGAAGCAACCAAAACCAAAGUAGAAGAUCCAGAAGAGAUGUUCACUGAAUUUUGUAAAAAAUUUUCUGAAUUUAAAAGGUCAUCAAAUCAAAUGGAAUGAAAUGUUUCUCUGUGAAUACAUAUUCUUCAUUCCAUGUAAUCACUGACAUGUAUAUGUGUAUAUAUAUAUAUAUAUCAUCAUCAUCAUCGUUUAACGUCCACCUUCCAUGCUAGCAUGGGUUGGACGAUUUGACUGAGGACUGGUGAACCAGAUGGCUACACCAGGCUCCAAUCUGAUUUGGCAGAGUUUCUACAGCUGGAUGCUCUUCCUAACGCCAACCACUCAGAGAGUGUAGUGGGUGCUUUUACGUGCCACCGGCACGAAAGCCACUUAGGAGGUACUGGCAACGGGCAUGCUCGAAAUGGUGUAUUUUACGUGCCACCCGCACAGGAGCCAGUCCAGCAGUACUGGCAACGAACUCGCUCGAAUGUCUUUUCAUGUGCCGAUGGCACAAGUGCCAGGAAGGUGACGUUGGUAAUGGUCACGCUCAAAUGGUGCUAUUUACGUGCCACCGGCUUCGUCGUAGUUCUGUCAGCAGAGAGAUUCGAAGACAAAUUAGGAUGAAGCUGGAAAUUGAACUGGUUAUAUAGAGUUGGGGUCACAUACGAGUCGAAGAGGGAGAGGGUGAGAGAGAAGUAGUGAUGCAUAGAGAGAGAGGGGGAGAGAGGGAAAUAGUGGUGCAGAGAGAGUGAGGGAGAGAGAGAGAGAAGUACAGGCAACAGUACAUCACGCUGGUUAAAUUCCUUGGGUUUUUAGAACAAAGUUGAAAGAGACAGCAGUGUAUAAAUCGUGAGAUUAAAUGCUUAAAUUGGCAACAUAAUUGGAUGAGAAUUAAAUCGUAAUUUUUAGAGGAGAAUAACUUGAAUAAAGUAAAGAAAAAGCGAUAACUUGAAUAAUGUAAAUAAAAAAAUACAUGAAUAAGCAUGAAUUUAAGACAAAACAGAGAUCGAGUGAUGUUUACAUGGAAAGAAAUAUAUAGAUAAUGGAGAACGGACGGGGCGGGGAGCGCAGCAAGAGGGAUAAUAUCACACACACUCUCUCUCUAUCUCUCUCUCUCUCUCUCUCUCUUUCUCUUGUAAGUAAUUCACCAUGGAGUCUUUCAACAGUGUAAAGGUAAAUUUAUUUUCCUAGUUCAUUGAUUAACAAAAAGACUUCAGAAAAUUUCAGUCAUUUUCUUGGCACUGUUUCUUAAGUUCACUCAUUUCAUUAAUGCAUUAUGUAUUAGGUCAUCCCAUAAAUAAUGCGAUUUUUUUAUACUUCUUUUAUUUUUCAAAAUUAAGAUAAACAAAGUUCUUUUUUAAUCUAAAUAUACUCUACUUCAUUUUCUACAAUGCUCUUCCAUCUAUCUAGUAGACUUGCAAGGCUUCUCUUCCAAAAUUCACUUGUCUGUGAUGAAAAAAAUAUUUCUCCAGUACUAUUCUGAUCUCGUCUACAGAAUUCAUAUUUUUUCCAUCCAAAUGGUUUUGAAGACUGCGGAAUAAAUGAUAAUCAGAUGGGGCAAUGCCCAGCGAAUAUGGUGGAUGGGGAUUUGUUUCCCAUUCAAACUGCUCUAGCUUUUGGAAUGUUAUCCUUGUUGUAUGUGGCCAAGCAUUAUCUGAUGGAAGAACACCUUUCAUCUUGAAACCAAAGAUGGUCGUUUUUCUUCUAGCACUGACUUAAGUUGCUCAAGCUGCUCAUAGUAGAUCUCCUUUGUUAUCGUUUGGUUUGGGUUUAAAAAUUCAAAGUGGAUCAAACCUUUCAUAUCCCACCAAACAGAUAACAACACCAUACGUGGGUGAAGACCUUCUUUAGUCUGGGGUGCCAGUGUUCCUCUUUUCCCUACCCACUGUCUUCAGCACUUGGCAUUUUUAUAGAGAACUGAUUUCUCAUCACCAGUCACUAUUUGGUCCAAAAAAGGUUCAUUCGUGAGACGUGACAGCAAAGAAAAGCACACAUUCACUCUCUGUACACGAUUAGACUGGUAAAGUGAGGAACCCAUUGAUUCGAUUUGCUGACUUUUCCGAUGGCACACAGGUUUUAAUGAAUGGUUGAAUGUCAAAUCCAAGCUUCUCUGCUAGUUCCUCAACAGUUACAAUGGGAUUUUGUUCGACCAUGGUUUGCAGGAUGUCCUCGUCAAGCUCUAUAGAUCUCCCAGGACAAGGCACAUCUUCUAGGCUGUAAUUUCUGGAACCACUGUUGGCACUGGCUUAUGCUUAUUGUCUGAUCCCCAUAUACUGCAUUAAUAUUCCUCACACUUUCUGUUGCAUCGUUGCUUUGAUUAAACUCAUAAAGCAAAAUAUGCCGAAUAUGUUCCUUUGUCACUUCCAUAAUAGCUUGGAAAAAAAUAACUGUUAAAAUCGAACUGCACUCUUCAAAACUUGCACUAAGAAUGAGGACAAGGUAAAAUUACUACCCACUUCUAUAGUAAGUUGAUACAGGUAGUUUAUCCCAUCCCCCUCUGACUUUCAGUUGAUGUAAUUGAAAGAACCGCAUUUAUGGGAUGACCCAAUAUAUUCACUCAUUAUUUCAUUAUGUAUAUAUUUGACUUAAGACUGUUUUCUUUUUUAUCUCAUCACAAUUUUGUAUUUUAUUAAAUUUCUCUUAAGUAGACACAAGUCAA